CCCUCAGCGCGCCGUGAGCGUUUCACCCUAUCCGGUGACGGUGCUCGUUUGUCAUUCCUGCGCUCUUUCGCUAGAGACUUCUCGCAGUCGCAGUUGUCUUCCCUUGUGCUCUGUCGCCGUUCGCUGUCGUCGUGCGCACCGAACGGUGGUUGACGUUUAUCGUGACAGCGAACGAACCAGACGGAAUAUAAUUUAGCCGAGCCGGAGAGCUUUGCUUUGUUGGCGACGGAGGAACAAGGACAUCUGACGCGACAGUCUCAACCGCUCUGAGUUCGGGUGUGUGUAGGCUGUAGGAAUGCGGGAUAGAAGUCAACGUAAAAACACCUGCGUUUCCCUGACAACAUGACAACAACAGAUCUGAACCUGACAUCCCUCCUGAACGUGUCUGAUCUCCACAAGGCAACACAGGGGGGAUGUUCCCUGACCGGGACAGGCUUCCAGUUCUACUAUCUGCCCACCGUGUACAUCCUGGUGUUCGUCACCGGCCUGGUGGGGAACAGUCUGUCCAUCUGGAUGUUUGUCUGCCACAUGAGACCCUGGAGCAGCAUCUCCGUGUACAUGUUUAACCUGGCUCUGGCCGACUUCUGCUACGUCCUCUCCUUGCCCUUCCUCAUCUUCUACUACUUUAAUAAGACCGACUGGAUAUUCGGGGACGUUCUCUGCCGACUGCAGAGGUUUAUAUUCCACGUCAAUCUGUACGGCAGCAUCCUGUUCCUGACCUGUAUCAGUGUCCACAGGUACACAGGAGUGGUCCACCCGCUCAAGUCGCUGGGAAGGCUCAAGAAGAAGAACGCCGUGCUGACCAGCGCCUUGGUCUGGGUCGUGGUCGUAGCGAGUAUCUCUCCCAUCCUCUACUACUCCAGGACGGGGCAGAAACGGAACGCCACCACGUGUUACGACACGACCACGGAGGAUGAGCUGCCGGGUUACUUCAUCUAUAGCAUGUGUUUGACCGUGUUCGGCUUCUGCAUCCCCUUCAUCAUAAUCCUGGGUUGCUAUGGGAUGAUCGUCAAGGCGCUGAUCUGUAACGACAUGAACAAUGCCCCGUUACGGCGUAAGUCCAUCCACCUGGUGAUUAUCGUGCUGGCCGUGUUCGCUGUGUCCUACCUGCCCUUUCACGUGAUGAAGAACCUGAACAUGCGAGCCCGGCUGUACUUCCAGGUCCCGGACAUGUGUGACUUUAAUAACCGGGUGUACGCCACCUACCAGGUGACGCGGGGGCUGGCCAGCCUCAACAGCUGUGUGGACCCGGUCCUCUACUUCCUGGCUGGGGACACGUUCAGGAGGAAGUUGUCCAGAGCUACUAUAAAACAAUCCAAGAAGGGGGAGGUCCCACUGCAGUCCAGGAGUGAAGAGACGGCGCUCAACAGCCUGCCGGAGUAUGUCAAGAACAGAGAUGGACAGUUCUGAGAGAGAUCUCGUUCCUGGUCUUGGUCUCUGGACCGCGUGGUCCGUCUGAACCUCGUACAGGGGUUUUGUGUGAAAACGUACUGUGUAUUGGUGCUGUGGACCUCGCAGACUGUGUGCACUGUGGAUAGAACAGUCCGGGCGGGAAUGUGACAAAGCUGACGAUAAAAGUUUGUGUCUCUGUAAUGCUUAUCACUAGCUAGGUAUUUUCUGAAUGUGAACCAAGUGCUCAUCCAUCCAUAACCAGACAUAAGGAGAAGGAUAAUAGGUUGAUCUCCUGUAAACAACUGCCCAUUGUUCCUCUAUCGAACCAAUGCUAAUGUGUUUGUAAUGGAGAGAGAGGGCUCUGCUAGCCGCCCAGUGGAUGCUUCAUAAUCACUACCUGUUAGCAGGUAGAGAGUGGUGGCUGAGGCUAGGUGAGACACCAGGGAUGACUGAGAUCUAUUACCAAGAGCCUGGGCCUUAUGCCUGCUCUGUGGAGGUUGACAUACAGAGAUUAUAAUGCACUAUGAAUGCUCUGAGUGGCUUUUCUCAGACUGCUACAAAUGAAAUUAACACCAGUACAGUCAGUAUAUCACUAUGGCGUGCGCUGUGUGUCCAUGGUCUAUCUAUUCUACAUAAUAUGAAGGGACUAUACUAGUCUCAUGUGAAUAUGACACUAUACAGUAAUAUACUGUAAUAUACUGUAAAUACAGUAAUAUACUGCUAUAUACAGUACUAUACUGUAAUAUACUGUAAAUACAGUAAUAUACUGCUAUAUACAGUACUAUACUGUAAUAUACUGUAAAUACAGUAAUAUACUGAUAUAUACAGUACUAUACUGUAAUAUACUGUAAAUACAGUAAUAUACUGAUAUAUACAGUACUAUACUGUAAUAUACUGUAAAUACAGUAAUAUACUGAUAUAUACAGUAAUAUACUGUAAUGUACUGAAUGUGUGUUGUAGUUGUACUGUACGGUUUAUGUUGUUAUUGUUUUUUGUUUUUGGUAUUGCAUGAGUCCAGUGUAAUUAUCGGAAGGCAAUUUACCAUUGAAAAAUCACGGCAGCCGUUUUCUAUGAAGUGUUGAACUGUUUAUAUGCAGGUGACCAUGUGAUUUAAAUCAAACGUUACUUCAUGUGUAAUACAGCCAUAUUGAGUUUUUUUUUGGGGGGGGGGGUGAUUGUUAAACCCAAUGGAAUGUUUUUCACCUCUCAGUGUUCUGUACACAUAACAAUUAAAACUUCAAUCUCUUUAGCCGCCUUAGUAGGUGGAGACAAAUCAACUUAAAACCUGGAACUAUGUAUGUUGUGCUAUGUAUCUGAUUAUCAUCUUCCUAGUUGAGCCAUUUUCUGACUGUUCCUGAACUGGGCAGCAACUCUAGCAGUUCCACAGAUGUUCAUAGUAUAAUAUUGUAUGUGGAUUGACUGAUAAUAGCAUUAAAUGCACAAGUGAGACAUAUUAUUGAGAGGUAUGUAGACCUGAUGAGGAAGUGGAUGAUAUGAUCAUAUCUGCCUUUUAUAGAAAUCUGUGGGACUGCACAUUCGCUGCUCAGGUUAGGGGUCAUGUUGCACACAGUUGCCCUGAAGUUGUACAGCAUUUGGGGGUCAGUUGUGAAUGUGUGAAUAAACAUUUUAUAUAAAACAUGUUAAAA